AGACGAAGAAGAAGAAGAAGGGACAGCAGUAGGAAAAAGAUUGUCGAUUAAGGUCAAUCGAAGUUGAUAGCUGCUUCUCGGGCAAAUCUUAGAGUGGAGAAACAUUAAAGAAGUUGUUUUUUUACCUUUUACUUUCUAUCUUACACCAUUGGAGUGAAUGUUACAAGUUGAACUGUUGAUCUGUUCACUUAUGCUACUGCACACCUCAACUUUAAAUUACCUUAUUAAAAGUGACUAUCAGUGACUAAAAACUAAACUCGGUUGUUAUUAUUAAGUGUGUAGGGGUGUAUCGAUGAAUAAUUAUUAUAAAUUUAAAUACAUCUUGGGUAUGAAUAGAUAAAAAUAUGAUGAUUACCGCAAUAUUGUUCAAGAUCUAAAGCUCUGACGGUAUAAUAGUAAUAGUAAUAAUAUAAGGGUGUGAGGGUAUAAGAGUAUAAAAAGUAUAAAAAGUAUAAAAAGUGGUUAUAUACAUAUAAAGAUAUAAAGAUGCAGUGUGAUGGGUGACGCCUCGAGCACUAUUGAAAUUUUAUGACGAGACGAAAAAGAAAAAAAAAAAAAUGAAAAAAAUGACAACGCAAGCUCUAAGCGCAAGAGAUGUAACAAGUUACUGGUUUAUAGGCGUCACCCUAGUGUGACUCCUCGUCAGAUCAGGAUUGCACAGGAUAAAUUAUUAAUUAAUCACUUGAUUUAGUUUUUAAAUCAUUUUUAUUUUAUUAUUUAUCGUUAUUAAAGACUUUAAACUCAACACUCACCAUCACUGUUCCAGAUACCCUCGGCAGUCGACACUUUCCAGCUGGAUAUCAAUCUCCAAAAUACCGGAUCGGAUAGGAUAAUAAAUUCAAUAAAAUUAUUAUGAUAAAAAUCAAGAGUCGAGAUGGUAAAUUUUGGGCAAAGCCUUCCAAGAUUUCGUGAUUGAAAUAAAUAAAUCAGUUGAAUCAAAGCAGAAUAAAAAAGUCAAUUGGUGAUUGAUGAUUGGUAUGAUUGAUAGUCUUAGAUAAAGGCUUAAUUAAUAAAGAUAUGGGAAGACGCUUAGCCAAAAGUUAUUCAAUGACAGAUGGGGGGAACAUAUCUUACGAGCACCUAGAGAAUCCGUACCCCGACAAUCCAAUAGCAGACUUAUCGGCAACUACUUCUUCAAGUGGACUCCCAGAGCUGCUAACAACUGGAGCCGGUGAAUUUACCAAAAAUAAAGUCUAUGGAGAAGAGAAUGGAGGAAGUGGAUUAUCUGGGAUUGAAUUUGGAAUUGGAAUCGGGUGGAGCAAUGAUUCUGGAUUAAUAACCUCGACAACCACCAAUAAUAUUAUAAUAAAUGGCAGUAAAAUUAACGGUGGAGAUGGUGAAAGUGGAGGUGGUGGAGGGGGUGCAAGUAAUUUAAGUAGCUCGAUAACGGAUAACUAUACCUCAAUAUCCGACCUGUUUGUAUUCAGCGAUCUAAAUGACUAUAUAAACAGGUUGAAUUACAGUGGGUUUGGGAAUUUGAGCAGCUACUACGAGGGAGGUGUCGUUGCUGGUCUCAAUCUGACUGGUACAGUUAACGCCAGUUGCCUGUCUCUAUCAACUUUGUCAUCUCUCUCGUCAAUAAAUCAAACAAUCGGGGUAAUACCGGGUGGGAGUGUUGUCUCCGUGGGUGGUCAGUGCAGUGGUUCUGAAGAUCAAGAGUCCGAUGUUAAUAAUUGGUGGGCUUUGAUACUCGUUAUCGUACCUUGUCUCACUUUAUUCGGAAAUGUACUCGUAAUACUCGCCGUAUUUAGAGAACGCACUUUACAAACAGUUACCAAUUACUUUAUUGUUAGUCUAGCCCUCGCUGAUUUACUUGUUGCGGUUGUGGUUAUGCCUUUCGCAGUUUACGUUUUGGUGAAUGGCGCAUGGGCAUUGUCGGCAUUUAUUUGUGACUUUUAUAUCGCAAUGGAUGUGACGUGCAGCACAAGUUCAAUAUUUAAUUUAGUAGCAAUAUCAAUAGACAGGUACAUAGCUGUGACACAGCCUAUAAAAUAUGCCAAACACAAAAACAGCACCAGAGUAUGGAUGACUAUACUUUUGGUGUGGGCAAUAUCUGCUGCGAUUGGCAGUCCAAUAGUUCUCGGCCUAAAUAAUACACCAGAGCGUCAGCUAGAUUUGUGCGUCUUUUACAAUUCUGAUUUUAUUAUCUACUCAAGUCUCUCGAGCUUUUAUAUUCCCUGUAUUAUUAUGGUUUUCUUGUACUGGAAUAUUUUCAAGGCACUUCGAAUACGUGCUGCUAAAGCAAGAGCUCACAAAAAAUCUAAUUUACGAGAUAUCAAACCAAAUAGUAUAAUUGAAAACGUAAUACAUACCCAACGUGUUUAUUCUGUCGCAAGGUUUGCGGAGACGGCACUGGGAACAGCCACUCUUGUGGCGCCGGUACAUGAAGAGCCGACAAAUACAGCCUCCGGUAGCAAUGAGGACGAGGACGAGACACCCGUUGACCCGGUAGUUGUCAUAUCAAAUGACAAGAGCGCUGAAUUUUUCAUGGCUACGGUCGUCGAGGAAGCUGCAGUCGUUGCUAAGGCACAUUUGACUAGCUCUAAUUCAACCAGGAGCGAUUCUAACAAUCUGUGUCUUGAGGAUGCUGUGAGCAGCACAAUGGAGGGGAAUUCAAGCCCGAGUCCAAACCCGAGGACAACCUCUGCACCGUCCUCCUCGACCUCGUCCUCGCCUCCGCCUCUUAGGAGUGCUACCCAGAUUAAAAAAACCACCAACGGUCUGAACAAGCAAGGACUCAAGAAACUCAAGAGCACUGGGUCACUUUUGCCGGCGCAAUUCAAACGCAGCCGUAGUGUCCUUAAUGUCGGAACCGGGCCCGGCGUAACAGCUGGAGGAGGCCCCGACAAAGUUAAAAAUUACAAAAAGCCCAGCGACAGCACCUCCAGAUUCACGAUAUAUAAAGCCAACAAAGCCAGCAAGAAGAAGCGAGAAAAAAGCUCCGUCAAGAAAGAACGAAAGGCCACUAAAACACUCGCCAUUGUGCUUGGAGUUUUUUUAAUAUGCUGGGUGCCAUUUUUUACUUGCAAUGUGAUGGACGCGCUGUGUUCCAAACUGAAAAUGGACUGUCAGCCUGGUGUAACAGCUUUCAUCGUCACCUCUUGGCUGGGCUACAUGAAUAGCUUUGUAAACCCAGUGAUCUACACAGUCUUCAAUCCGGAAUUUCGAAAAGCCUUCCGUAAACUUAUGAGGAUCUAAAUUAUUAUUAACAUCAGUCAGUAGUCACCUUUUUGUACACUAUUCUAAUAAUAAUAAAUAAUAAAAUUAGUAAUCUAAUAAAUUUCCUGAUUGACACUUUAAUGACAAAAUAUUUUUAUUUUUCGAGACAGAAAUAAAAACAUCCGAUUGAAAGUAUAAAUAAUAAUAAAGAUAAAUACAAUUUUUUGUACGUAUUUAAUAGAUACUGCGUAUGGUUGAUUGAGUCCAGGUUGUGUCGAGAUUACCCAACAUAUUUUAUUAACAUAUAUAAAUAUAUAUAUAUAUAUAUAU